AGAAGAUUGACGUCCAGAAUAAGGCAAAGUCGCUCUCACCAUGCAGUUCCACAUGAAAGUAGUGGUCACCAUAGUUUUAGGAUAUUUCUUAGCUGUGUGCUUGUGGGGAGGCAAAAUUGCAAUCGAUAGCAUUUUUGAUAAGCUCCUGGUGCGUGUGGACGAGACGAAUGCAAAGAGUCAUUUGCAGAUCCAUACAGGAGGAGCAGAGGAAGUCAUGCAUGUGGCAGUGGUGGCAUGUGGCGAUCGUUUGGAGGAGGCUUUAACUGUCAUCAAAUCGGCUGUCCUGUUCAGCCUCAAGAAGAUUAAGUUUCACAUAUUUGCUGAGGACCGAUUGACCCCGCAGUUUAGCAAAACGCUGAGCCGGUGGCCUCGCUUCGUCACAGCUAAGUUCCUGUACGACCUCCACCCCAUCACCUUCUCAGUGGGGAGCACCGACGAAUGGAAAAAGCUGUUCAAGCCAUGUGCCGCUCAGAGACUCUUCUUCCCUGGCAUCCUAAAGGACGUAGACUCAUUGCUGUACGUGGACACUGACGUGCUGUUCCUCCGGCCUGUGGAUGACAUCUGGGGUCUGCUCAAGUCCUUCAACGGCACCCAGCUGGCAGCAAUGGGAACGGAGCCCGACUACCUCCUUGGCUGGUACAGGAACAAAGCACGUCAUCCUUUCUACGGCGUCUCAGGACUCAACUCUGGUGUCAUGCUGAUGAAUCUGACACGGAUCCGCCGCACAAUGUUCAAGAACGAUCUGAGUGCCGAUAGUCUGUCCUGGGAGGACAUUCUCCAGCCACUCUAUCAGAAGUACAAAAAGUACAUCCAAUGGGGAGAUCAGGACCUCCUCAACAUUAUCUUCCACUAUAACCCAGAGCGUCUAUUUCUUCUUCCUUGCCAGUGGAAUUACAGGUCAGAUCACUGCUCGAAUGGCAAUUUCUGUCAAGGAGCCGAAGAGGAAGGUGUGUCCAUCCUCCAUGGCAACCGUCAUGUGUUUCAUAGUAGCAUGAAGCCGGCCUUCCGAGUAGUCUAUGAAGCAAUGCGUGAUUUCCCUAUUUGGGACAAGACGGUCCAGUCACUGUUCUGUCACAUGAAGACCAAAUUGUUGAGAACCGCCAAAACCAAGUGUGGUCGGACUCCUCAAGUCUUUCUCAAGCAGAUAGAAAAACGCACAAGGAAGGUGUUGCAGGUGUACAGGAUCCGAUGUAUGAGGCCGCACCACAAGGACAAAAGACUGCUGUAGUGGACUGUGUGUUAUGCCACCCAGCCCCCCCACCCUUGAAUGAACUGGUGGCACGGUUGAAAGGAACAGGCUCUACUGCACUGUGGAACCUCAGCGUACACCACAGUUCCUCCAAGCGCUGUAAGAGACUCUUUGCAAGUCAACGCAAGCGCUUGAUUGCAGUUGUUGCUGCUAAGGGGGGCCCAACCAGUUAAUAGGUUUAAGGGGCAAUCACUUUUUCCCACACAACCAUGUAGGUUUGCAAAUUAACAAAUUAGCAUUAGUAUUAGGAACAACACAACAAACACUUGAGGAACUUUGGCCCCCUCAUCUUUGCAGAAUUGUUGUCAUUCAGCCACAUUGGAGAGGUUUCCUUUUUCAGGUCAUGCCAGAGCAUCUCAAUAGCAUUCAGGUCAGGACUUGUACUAGGCCACUCCAAAGUCUUCAUUUUGUUUUUCUUCAGCCAUUCAAGGGUGGACUUGGAUCAUUGUCCUGCUGCAGAACAGUCCACCUGAAUUGUGUUGUCUUAUUUUAUCUGUAAAAGUAUACAAUCUGCUAUGCGUGCUUGUGCCUGUUUUUUCAGGAGCACUUUAAACAUCAGACCACAUCAAAUAACAAAAUUGAG